UGAAAUGACCUGUUGUGAUGGCAAUGCCACGUGGCUCCUUGGCGCAUGCGCUUCUCGUGAUCUAGUGCACAUUCACGAUCAUUUAUAUCAAGGUCAUUCGAGGGUUGUAACCAGCAGCUAUAUACCAAGCCUCUCUCUGUCUGUUCUAGCCGAUUAUAUUUUUCAACAUGUCUCAAAUUCCACCAUCCUUCGGAGAUCUCGGGAAGUCUGCCCGCGAUCUGUUCGACAAGGAAUAUGAGUUUGGCAAGGUGAAGCUGGGACUCAAGACCAAGACAGAGUCUGGAGUAGAGUUUGAGACCAACGGCUCUCAUGAUCUCGAGAAGAACAGAACAAGUGGAAACCUCAAGACCAAGAUCAAGUUUCCCGACUAUGGAGUGACGUUCUCUGAGAGCUGGAACACCAACUCAGAGCUGAACACAGAGCUGGCCUACGAACCUUGCUCCAUUGAUGGACUCAAGCUCACUCUCAACUCCUCCUUCCUGCCCUCCAGCGGAAACAAGUCUGCCCAGUUCAAGACCAACUACAAACGUGACUAUGUCAAUGUGGAUACUGAUGUUGACCUCCAAAUGACUGGCCCCAUCUUCAGGGGAGCAACUGUCUUCCAGUACAACGGCUGGUAUGGUGGUUACCAGGUGGGCUACAACACCUCCAACGCCAAGCUAACAGCCAACAAUGUCGCCGUGGGUUACCAGGGCGCUGACUUCACUGUCAACACCAAACUGGCUGACAUUGCCGACUGCCAGACAAGUGUGUUCCACAAGGCCAGUGACAAGACCGAGGUGGGACUCUCCACCAGGUACAACCUGCAGACUAGCAAUGUGUCUUUGGGACUGGCCACCAAGUACACCCUGAAUGAUGGAGCCAUCUUGAAGGCCAAAGUAAACAACCAGGGACAGAUUGGGAUGGCCUACACCCAGAGCCUCCGUACUGGAGUCAAGCUCAACCUCUCCUGCCUUGUGGAGGGACGUAACAUCAACGCUGGGGGCCACAAGCUGGGAAUGGCCAUUGACUUUGAGUCAUGAUUGCUAGACAGGACUUCAUGUACUGUAUAGUGACUGUUAGCUUGAGCUCUAAUGCUCCUAUAGACCAUUAUUGUUAACUUAUUGUCAAGUAAUUAUAGUGAUUAUUGAGUUUUGUGAAAAUAGUGAUGGCUAUGAUUUUGUGGGAACACCUA